CUAUUGUGUAUAAAUUUAAUAGAACGACACACGUGAUUUGUAGUCAACACUGUGACAGUUUGUGCAAUUACCUUUUAAUCGAGUGGAAACGAGAGCAUUUUCAAAUUUCUAUUAACCAACGGUAUUAUCAAUCAAUUUUAACAAUGAUUGAAGGUUGCAAAAUUAAAUAUAAAAUGAUUUAUUAAUAGCAUACGUAGUGUUAAAUUUGCAAACAAGCAGCGUAUCUUUUAAGAAUAAUAAAGACACCAGAAAAUAAAGAUAAUAUUCUAAUUACAUUGCAAAUUAAUGAAUAAUUUAAGAAAUGUAUUUUUGUUAUAUUAAUGUAUCACAGAUUCUAGGUAAAGUAUUAAUUUAAUUUACUUAUUACUUAGGAGAUUGUAUUUGAAAUAUAAUUACAAUUUGUAAGGUGUAAUCAGCACACCUUUAAGCUAGUAGAUAUUUGGUAGCAGUUCUCAAGUCUUUGUGCAAUAUAGCACAAUUGAGUUUAACCGAGUUUAAUCCCUUUGACCAGCCAGCUUCCAAUUUCAUUUAUGGCAUAAUCUCCUGACAAUUUCAUGCCCUUCAGAAGAAACACAAUGUCCUAUUAUCGUUUUGUGAUCGUUGAAUAUGAUCACUCUAGCGUUUUAAUCUCCUUUCUAUGUAUGAUGCGGGUAUACCGUUUUCUGUUGUUUUUAGAUUCAAGUGACGAAAACUUAUGAAAUGAUAUUUUAAGUUUAAACUGAUCAAUUAAUUUAAUUAAUUGAUUUAUUGUAGCAACAAUGGUAAAUUGUUUAAAUAGAGAAAGAAAUUUACAACGAAAAAUGUAUGAAUGUAAUAUUUGAAUCUAAAAUGAUAAAUUAUUGUGCGAAAAUAAUAAAACUCGCAAUGUCAGCACAUGGUCUCAUUAGAACGUGUUUAACGAGCGUAGCGUAAGCGUGAAAAUGAAAACGUUGAGGCUCUCGUGGUGUAAAAAGGCUAAAUUCCUCAUAAAAAUACAAGAAAUGAGAGGGAACGUUCGCCCUUGAACACAUAAAACAAAAAAAAAAAAAAAUAGAAAAGGAAAAAAACCAUAAAUUUUAGUGAAGCUAUUUUAUUGAAACUUAUUAUAUCAUUUUAACAGCUAUAUAUAAAACGUUGAAUUAUUUCCUUUCGCGCAGAGCAAUUUUACUUCAAAUUUCUAGCUUCAGAAUGAUAAUUACGUAUUUGUAAUUAUCAACAAGCUUUAAAAAUAUGGAAUAUUCAGCCAGAUGAAAUAUAGGUAAAGUAUUUAGAAGAAAAAAGAUUGAAAUGUUUUAUGUAAAACGAUUAAAUUAAGUGGUUGAGUUUGAAAAUUUGACUCGGUUUAAUAAUUCAAUGGAAAAAAUAUUCGCCCUAUGAAAAAAAAUUCAUGUUCCUGUCGAUAUAUCGGCGAGGUGCUCCUCUACUUUCGACUGCUCUGCAAUUCAAAUGCAAUACUCGAAUAUACAUGGCGAAAGAAAUGGAAAUUGAGGAAUUUAAGGGAACCAAUUACUCUCGCGUCGACGUAACUUCAAAAUGUUUCACGUGUCGGUGUUUGCGAAAUGAAGUUCGUCGUUAUCCGAUUAACACGCUUGCAGAUGCGUUCUUUUUGUUGCAAAGUAAAUGGACAAAUUGUGAACAAAUAAUGUUUACAAUUACAUCAAAAUUAAUGUCCUAAACUUUACCAAGAAUUAUUAAAAAUCCCUGCGUAUUGCUUACGUAAUGUUGAUAUUGAGUAGUACCAUACAUAACCUCAACAUUAUGAUACUUACAAACAUCGCUAAACAAGUAGUGCGAACGAUGUCGACAUUUCGCUUGGCGUUGGUACAACUUGAAGUAAAUGAAGUAAAACGCAAAAAUGUAGAGCGGGCAGUUUCCUACAUUUCUAGCGCAAAAGAGCACAAUGCUGAUAUUAUAGCUCUUCCUGAAUGCUUUAAUUCACCAUAUGGAAUACAGUACUUUCCAAAAUACGCCGAGAGUAUUCCUGAUGGUGAAACGAGCGUUGCUUCAUCGAACGCAGCUAAAGAAAACAACAUCUAUGUAGUUGGUGGUACGAUGCCUGAAAUAGGGGGCGAUAAAUUGUACAAUACCUGUACUAUUUGGGGUCCCGAUGGAACUUUGAUAGCAAAACACCGAAAGGUACAUCUAUUCGACAUCGACAUUCCUAAUAAGAUUACUUUUCGAGAGAGUGAUUCACUCAGUCCUGGUAACUCCCUAACGACGUUCGAUGUGAAGGGCUGCAAAAUAGGUAUUGGCAUUUGCUAUGAUAUUAGAUUCGAGGAAAUGGCACGCAUUUAUCGGAACAAAGGUUGCCAAAUGCUGAUAUAUCCAGCGGCAUUCAAUAUGACCACUGGACCACUGCACUGGUCAUUACUUCAGCGUUCCAGAGCGAAUGAUAAUCAAUUAUACGUUGCCUGCAUAUCACCGGCUCGUGUUCCUUAAGCAAGUUACGUCGCAUGGGGACAUACACAGUUGACCAAUCCCUGGGGAAAGAUUCUUUACGAUUUGGAAACUCAAGAGAAUAUGGCAGUCACCGAUAUCAAAAAAAAAAAAAAAAAAAAACUGGCGAACCGUGUGUUACCACAACGAGACACGCGAUGCUAUUUGUCGCUUUAAAUUGUGCCGCAACUCGUUUUUGAGAUCUUUGCCAGGGGCGCGUUAAAAUAUGCUGAAAAUAUAUUUCUGGCUUUUCUGGGGUUUAACUGAAAUAUGACAAAUAACGUUGUAAAACAUAUGUACUUAUGACUUACAGCGUAAUUGAGUAUACAAAAUAUAUAGUAUACAAAAUAGCCAGCGAUUUAGGGCUUUAAAAGAUCAAAAGAAAAGAAAAGAAAAGAAAAGAAAAGAAGAAAGAUAAUAUGUUGUGGCAGUCUAAGUCGAUCUAAGAAAAUAGAUAAAGGGAGGGAGGGGCAAAGCUAGUUAAUCUGGAAAGAAUCCAAGCGUCAAUUUCAAG